AUGGCGCGACCGAAGAGGCAGCGGCGUCCCUCCAUGCUUGCGGAGUCCUGGAGGCACGGUCGGGUGACCGUGCGUGGGGUGACAGUGUGCGGGGAUGGCGGUGCCUCAUCCGGCACGGAGGUGGAGGGUCGCGGAGGCUCGGUGGCGCUGCGACCCGGGCCAACGUCUUCAUCUCCAGGCUACGCGACCAGCGUCGGGCCAGCGGCUUGGGUCAUCCCUCCGGCACCGUUUCGAAACAACACGAAGAUGAAGAAGCCGGGCUCGUCAGCCGGCGAUGGAGGGGAAUCCGCGCUGGAGCCGCGAGCUGGGGCUGGCCAUCGUUGGGGCAUGGCGGCAUGGUGGCCAAGUCCAGCUCCUCGGCGUCCAGAUCGGCGGAGGCGGUGUUACAGCCUGGCAAAGUCGACGGUGUUCGCCUACUCCAUGAUGGCCACAGGCUGA